AUGCCACCCAUGCGAGUGCUCAACAAUGAAACACUGAAGUUGGAGCUGUCAUCUCCCAUCUCGAGAAAAGAAGAGUUGAAUCCGCCAAUCACGAGUCAAAUUCUUGACUGUUGCAUGGUUCAUGGACUAGAAUCGAGGGAUAAGCUCGAUGAUGCUCCACAGGACUGGAAAGAUGAGCUCACCAAUGUGGAAGAUGACAAGGAUGCUGCUGUAUUUGCCAAAGGGACAAUCGAGGUGGUAUUCAAGCCGGAUAAGCUCAUCUUUUUGCACUUGAGUCAACCUUCCAAACUGAAUAAACUGAGACUGGUUUGA